UUUACUGGCUGCACAUAUCACCUCUGGAAGGAAGGCCCCGGGAUAUCGAAUUACUGCUUGUAACUGAUUCCAUUCAGUGUGUAUAUGGAUGGCAUGGUUCAUAUAGGCUUCAUUGGCCGAUAAUUAGGCUGGUUACAUUUCCGGUGUGUACCUUGGCAUUGAUUCUUUCUAUAGUUAUGAAGGGUUUGAGUAGGUAUUUGUGGCUCAGGAUACAAGCUACUGCGCUACGAUGUUGCUCGGAUGUUCAAGGUCUCUGUGCCUUGAGCAGGCGGUCAAAGCGUUUCAACAGCACCUGCCGUGAUGUCAAGGUGGCGCCAAGUGAGCUUUGCGAUAUAUUCAAGAAUGUGGAUAUCCACCGUAUAGUGAUUCUCGAGAAAGUAACCAAGUAUGACCUCGAGCGCCGCAAUGGAUUGUCCGAUUCUGAAAUCCGCGACAGGUUUCCCCUGGCAUACAGGACGCACCAAACCCACACAAAGAUAAUGGAAGCUAUUGUGCGUCAACUGAAGGAACGCUAUUCCUUGGAUACCAUGGUUAUCAAGGCCCAAUCGCACAACUUAACUUUAUCUGACCUUGAGAAAUCAUCAUUUCCACCUGAUUUGAUAAUUAGUGCUGGUGGUGACGGUACAUUCCUCGAGGCUGCUUCAAUGAUCCCACCUACUAAUCCUAGUAAUAAACGCUUGUUCAUUGUCGGUAUCAAUACCGACCCCGAGAGGUCUGUGGGUGCCCUAUGUUUGUCAUAUUUCAAGCGCGGUACUAAUGUAUUCAAUCGUUACGGCAAUAGUCAAUCGCAGCAGAGCAACCGGGAGCGUGAGGAGCUGCCUAAGCAGAAUAUGAUACGCUUCAGCGAGACCGGUGCCUUAGUUCGUAAGGAGUGUACAUCAGAUACCAUCGGUGAGAAGGAAUGGGCUGACAUCUCAAGUGCUUCAUUUUGCGGCAUGCACCCUACUGUUACUGACCAGAAUGAGGGUCACUGCACUGUGUUAUCACGCCACACUGCAAAUAUCUACAACUUGACAUAUGACGAAUAUGUUGGCAAUUUACUAGAACGCCUGAUAGUCAAGCGUGACUAUGAGCCGAUAUCAAGGCAACGCAUCAGGAUAAAGAUGUUCAAAAGGGACCAAAGCAGCCCUACGGGCAUUGAGCACAAUAAAGGAGAUGCCGCCUGUAUUGAGGAGAAGCUUUUCUGCAACCGCGACUCUCAGUUUAGCUGUGAUGAAUUGAAUCACGAAUCGUGCGACGUAGAUUCUGGCAUAUUGCCAUACGGUGCCGUCAACGAGGUGAUAAUCGCUGACGAGAACUUGGAGCGUACAUUCUACGGUUUGGUGCAGGUUGACUCCUCGCAUAUCAUGCGCGUGAAGAGCAGCGGCGUGCUGAUAUCAACUGGCACGGGCUCCACUGCGUGGGCAUAUAACAUGUGCAAGAUGAACAUGAGCAACGGUGUGAACCUAUUCAAAUCGCUAAUGAGCCACCCUUCAUUCCCCAAGGGCGCUGCGAAACACAUUGACGUGGACAUGAUGAAAGAGGCUGUGGAAUCGCAUAACGCCAAUCUAGUGUUCCCUCCAUCCGAGAACACACUGAAAUGUAUAAUACGUGAGGCCAUAUAUGAGACGUCGACAGUUGAUGAAUCUGCAUACAUGGGCACGCAAGUGAAGCUUCUUGCGCUAUCCAAGAAUGCAAGCAUGUACAUUGAUGGCUCCAAGGUCCUCAAACUGGACUACGGUGAUGUUGUCGUGCUAAAGACAUUUGAUUCUGACACCAUCUGGAGCUGUGUGUGAUAUUCAGAUAUCACCGUUAU